GCGGUUGAUUACUCAAGGAGAAAGUGGUUGGCGGAACCUGGCGGAACAGAUGAUAACAAGAGUCGGAGCGAGAGCGACGAAUACGAAAACGUCAAAUUUUUAUCAUUUAUUUCCUCGCUCGGCGAACAGACUCGUCAUCGGGCCCGAUUUCUGCUAACAAGAAAUAGUGUUAACUUUAAUUGAUCUCGCAAAGCAGAGCACGAACACUUUCCAUUUUAACGGCUCAGAAACAGUUAUCAGUGGAAGGGGGAAGUCGUUUUGUCUUUUUUGCUGCGUAACAAACCCACAUAACGGGGCGUUAACAAUUUGUAAUGUCCAAUCCAUUCGACGAUCCCGAUGGAGGUUCCGGUGGCAUGCUUCUGCUCGGUCCAGUGGAUGAUUCCGACAUCCUGGAGGGGUUUCUCUGUCCAAUAUGCAAAGCAGACCUCAAAACACCGGAGCGCCUAACGGCGCAUGUUGAACAACAACAUUCCGAGGAGCAGGAUUUACUCAAAUCGCUGAAGGAAAUGUUCAGUUUUGCAAAGAAAAAGAUUCUCAACCUGGACGAAACAGCUAACGACCUGGCGAGAAGCUUCGACAGUUCGCUACAAGUGGGCAAAGCGGACCGCCCGCUGGCGGUUAAUCCGAUGUUUGUUUCUGGCCAACCAGUGGGCGCAGAUUGCGACCAUCUUAGCUAUUUCAAAGCAGUUAGAAACCCUCGGCUGGAGCGAUACGCCUCGGAGACGAACAAACUAAUUAUAAGACUGGAUAAGUUACUCGAUGGUCUGCCGAGCGAUCCGGAUGCGCGGAAGCGUCACGAGCAAAGCAAGGUUCCCUGGAUCGACGGGAAGCUGGUCAAGCUGUGUCCCAGUUGUGCGAAGAGUUUUGGACUGACACGGCGGCAGCAUCACUGUCGCGUGUGUGGCUCGGUUAUGUGCGAUGGAUGCUCGUAUCAUCUGGCGUUCGAUGAGGCGAGAAGCAUCGUUCAACCGGUUAGUCCCGGCUCGGAAAACCCCAAGCUAUCAGCCCGACCAGAGGAGCCCUCCAAAGAUCACGAUUCGUCCGGCUUCCGAGUGUGCGAACAUUGCCUGCAUCUGCUGAUGAAUCGCAAGGAGAUGCAGGAUUCGCGCUCCGAUCGACCGCUCAUAACGAAACUGUACGACAAGCUGCUUCAGGAGAAGAAAGACGUCGAACCGGACAUUCCAAUGUAUUCGAAGAUCAUAGACAGCCUGUACGAGGGCGACGCAAUCUACCGUCUGUCGGACGCUAGUGCGCUGCGUGAACGGAUCGGUCGCGCUGCCGAGCGCAUUGAUAACAUUAGUAAAACCGUUUUGACGAUUCCUUUCGCACAAGGAAGCCGCGAGGAGGCACUGAAGAAAGCGAUUCGACUCUCUUGCAUUUCCUACAUCAAAGAGCAGAUGUUGUCCAUCCCACCGAUGCCGGUGGAAGGAGAGAUUAAAAAGAUUCAGCUACGCAAGAAGCAGGAAACGGCGAGGAGAGUUGAACAGGAGCGUCGGCUGGCUCUGGAGGCGUACGAGAAGUACGAACUGCAUUCGGAAGCACAUAAUGGGAGCUCUAGCUCGAGUACGGCUUCCACGGCGGAGAUGACCAACGGGAGAUUCUACGGGGCGGCGACCGUCAGCUCCUCGGACAACUGGAGUGGUUACCAGGCGGCGAACGUGGCCGUUUCCAGCAGCACGGAUCCACUGAUAGAUCAGAUCAAUAUCGUCAAGGGGUAUAUUAAGCAGGCGAGGGAGGCGCUGCGAUUCGAAGAGGUGGAAACGCUAGAACGCAAUUUAAGUGAACUCACACAGGAGUUCUAUCAAAGGCAGCGGAGAGCCACGGUGGCCAGCAGUGCUGGGCCGGGAGCAGGAGCCGAGGAAACGAGUGACCAGUGAAAAAUCCCCACAGAGCAAUAAGCAAAUAGUUGUCUUUCAGCAUUAGACUAAGAAGAUAUUGUUGAUGUUAUAUCUUCGGAUUAGUCCCGUUGUUCGCCGCGGGUAGAUCACAAGGUAUCCAAGAAUUAUGCUUUUACCGUAAUAGUUCAUUAUAAUGUGUUUCAAUGAAA